UUUGUCGACUUUGGAUUCAUGUGUCGCACUCGACACUCGCACGAAAUAAAACCUUGUUUACUUCUGUGAUUAGCCGCUUUCCGAAUAGUCUAGUCGAAGUUAUGAAAUCAAGUUGUACCCGUUUUAGCUGUUCGCAUUAAACUAGCUCAGAUUAGAGAUUUUAGAAAUGUUUCAAAUAGGAAAAAAAACGUUUCCAAGGGGAGUUGUGCUAAUUAGUGGGAUAUUACCAUUUAAUUUCAGUGAUCCCGAUAGAGUUGAUCAUGAAUCAGUACAGCAAAUGUUUGCUGAUGCGCCUGGCGAUCAGCAAACCGGCAUGGAAAGGCUCCAUCAAAUGUUUACUCUCGAUGAAUUUGGUCGUAUAUCGAGCGAAGUGAACGCAAUAUAUCAGGCGGGAUUUCUAGGUUUCCUGGUAGGGGCAUGUUAUGGCGGUUUUAUUCAGUCUCGUGUCUCUUACAUGAAUUUUAUGGAGCGAAAUCAGGCAACGGCCUUCCAGUCCAGCUUCGAGGCAAAGCGAAAACUGCAAGAUCAAGUGACGGUGAGUUUUGCAAAGGGAGCAUUUAAAUGGGGCUGGCGAUUAGCGCUAUUCACAUCAGGCUACGUAGGAAUUCAAACGAUUAUUUCGGUGUAUCGAGGAAAAUCGUCUAUUUACGAAUACCUAGCAGCCGGUGGAACAGCGGGUGCCCUGUACAAGUUCAAUAUGGGCUUAAAGGGGAUGACUAGCGGCGGUUUAGUUGGCCUUACUUUCGGUGGAAUCGCCGGUUUGAUCUCAUUAGGAAUCCUAAAAGCUUCCGGUACUACUAUGGAGGAAGUGCGUUUCUGGCAGUAUAAGUGGAAAACCAAUCGAGACAGUGCCAUUCUCGACAGUAUGAGAAAGCAAACUCAAUCAGAAGCAGAUCCAUUGCUCGAAAAUCACCACGCGAAGUUCGGCACGGAAGUUACCCUGAACGAAAUCCAAAUGGUCGAAACUAGCGAUGCUAAAACAGACAAUCCUGCGACGAAAGUGGAUAUGACAGCUAGGAAAUAGAUAAUUUUGCUAUGUUUGCGGAACAGUGAUAUUCACUCUGUAGUUUUGUGAAUGCCAAUCACAAUUAGAUACCAAAUGUAUAUUUCAUCCUAGUAUACAAAUCCUUUGGGAAUUUACAACCGUCUGUUAGUUAUUAAAGAUCAACUAUUAGGCAUGGUUGGACCUAGUACGAAGCAUUUUUUCUUUUGCCUGCUGCUUUUCGUGUUUUAACCGUAGUUGAAGUAGCCACGAGGCACCACUCAUGUCGUCAGAUGUUUUGGAUUUCCCUGUAGGUAGGUACGGAUUAGUGUAAGAUUUGCUCUAAAUUAAACCCUAACAGAGUAUGUUAAUUUGAUACCUUUAUCGAAACAGCUGUGAUGAACACAAACAAAUACAUCACAAAUAAUACAAAAAUAGUUCAUGAGUUGUGUACCUAUACUGCUUCAUAUCGUUUGAUUUGAACAACUAGAACGUCAUGUUGUUCUAAAUGGAAGAGAUUUAACUGUAUUAUUAUUUCUACACAAGGACCAUUCAUAUCGUCGAUAAGCAUGCUGUCAAUUUGUCUUGAAUAGGCUAAUAGUUCUUCGUGUGCUAUGAAAUAGUGACUAGCAUAACAUAACAAUCAAAAGGGGAUGUAAUAAAUAACCAAGGUCCAAAAUGA